AUAAUAUACACUUACACAGCGCGUAUCGCAGGAGUUCUCGUACUGUUGAGGAUCUCGCUAAUUUAGGGGAUUAUAGAGGAAUAGUCUGCAGUGAUAUUUACACUAAUCUUUCGUAUUUGACAAAUUCCAGAAUUUUUUUUGGAGGACUUCAGACUUUUGAACACUGAGACAGCUUUCCUGAAACGAACUCAACCAAACACCGACAUGGCAGAGACAGCAGCCGCCCCGGCACAGAAAGCCAAAAAGGCGAAAGCCCCCAAAAAGGCUGCGUCGCAUCCCAAAUACUCCGAGAUGAUCAAAGCUGCGAUACUGGCCGACAAGAGUCGUGGCGGAGCCUCCCGGCAGUCCAUCGCCAAGUACAUUAAGAACCACUACAAAGUGGGUGACAACGCGGACUCUCAGAUCAAACUGGCCCUGAAGAGGCUAGUGGGGACCGGACUUCUUCGGCAGACCAAGGGCAUCGGUGCCUCCGGCUCUUUCAAACUGGCCAAAGCAGAGGACACCAAGAAACCAGCUGCCAAGCCCAAAGCGGUCACAAAAGCCAAGAAGCCAGUCAAAGCUGCGGCCAAACCCAAGAAAGCUCCGAAGCCCAAGAAGGUGGCUAAGUCCCCCGCAAAGGCGAAGAAGAGCAAACCUGCUGAAAAGAAAGUGAAGAAAGCUAGAAGAAAAAAAGCGCCCGCGAAGCCCAAAAAAGUGGCGAAGAAGACCAAGGUGGCCAAGCCAGCUAAGGCGAGUAAGCCCAAAAAAGUGAAAACGGCGAAACCCAAAGCGAAGACAGCAGCAAAGAAAAGCGGAAAGAAGAAGUGAACUCAAAUUACUAAUGAGACUCAUUGACGGACAUUUGACAAAACACACCGUGUAAAUAGACUUUUUGAGGAGGUUUUGGUAUCUGUAAUUAUUUUUGUAUGGUCUUGUGCGGACUUAAACUACGACCUUUUUACCGUUUCUUCUCCACCACUUUUGCACUAUGUUGUGAUAAUUAGAUCCAGAAAAAGCGAGGAUCUUGAAUUGGAAUAUGUUAAUGGCAACACUACUGCCCUAAAUAUUUAUUUUAUUUUAUCCUCUUUCUGUAUCACUUGUAGCGCUAAUCUGUCACUUGUAGCGGUAAUUGACCUGACAGCUGUUUUGUUAAGAAUGCUGACAUGCCACAGACAAAAAAGUGAAUCAUUCGACGAGGAUAUUUAAAAACGAUGGGUGUGUUACUUAAUCUGUUAGAGUGAAAUGUUUAAAUACGCUCGUGACACUUGACUGAGACUUCUCUCUGGAAGGACAGCUGUUGUAUAUUCAAGUUCUACCAUCAUGUUUAUCUGUUGUCAUGUCCAGUUAUUACACAUAAUAACGCCUUUAUACUGUACAAUAAUAAAAUAUCAACUUUCCUGUCUUCUCUAAA